CUCCCUCUUUCUCCUCCGAGGCUGUCGAGUCGCCUCGCAGCUGCGAGCAGCGAGCGCCCUGCUCCAGUCCGGGCUCGGAACUGAACUGUGAGCGCGGGUCCUGGAACCCGGGCCCAAGAGCGAUCACCCGGGGUCUGAGGCCGGGGCGCAGCGCUCAACCUCGGAGGCUAACCGAGGCGCGGAGCCGCAGAGCCCGCAGGGCGGGAGGGCCGGCCAGCGAGCGUCCGGGCGAGUCCGGGAGCAGGACCGGGAAGGCAGCGAGACGGCCGCAAGCCAAGGGCAGAGGGCAGAGUGCAGAAAGCGGCCUGGCUUGGCUAAGGGCGCCGCCCGGCCGGAACCGAGCUCGCCUCCCGGGACGGUGGCCCCUCGUGGGACGCGGACCCCGGGUGACCGCGGGUCCAGAGCGACUCCUCCGCGGCCGGCGGGGGGCGUGCCGCCUCCCAGCCCCGCCGCCCCAGCUCGGCCCGCCCGCCGCGUCGCCGGGGGCAUGUGAGCGGGAAGCCCAGGCUACCAGUCGCGAGGAUCGCACGGAGGAGGAGCAGGAGCGCGGAGCCCCGAGCCCCGAGCCCAGCGCCUGGCUGAGUAGGUCUUGCUAAGUUGCUGAGGCUGACCUUGAACUUGAUAUCCUCCUGCCUCAGCCUCCAGAGUCACUGGGAUUUUAGGCAAGUGCUCCCAAGCCCUGCCAGAGGCUUCUUUCUAAAGGGGCUGUAGGGGACCAAGAUAGUAGUGGCUCAUCCUGUGUGAUAUGAAUGAAGUACCACAGGGUGAUGGGAAAGAGGGUAUAGAGGCCGGUGGCAGGUGGCCCUGGAUUGGGAGGGCAGUGAAGGCUGCCCCACACAGGCCUGAAGACUGGGGAGAAGCCAGCUGCAUAAAGACAGGAAGAAGGGGAUUCCAGGGUGAGGGAAUAGCAAAGGAAACCCCCUGUGGACAAGGGGAGCCAACAGCUAUGUGGCUCUGGGGAGAGACCCUGAGGACAGAGGGCUGGACCUGGCCCCUCCUCACCUGGUAAGAAUCCUAUCUUUUAUUGCCAGAGCCAUGGGAAACCAUUGGAAGCUAGAGAGCAAAAUAGUCUUGAUUCAUGAUUUUUAAAGAUUAUUUGGUGCAAAAAAAAAGCAGUAAUCCCUAAUUGCCUCAGGGGAGGGAAAUGGUGGCUGAGGGAGGAAAAAUUUUGUUUUUAUCAAAAAACCAAAAAGCAUAGUUAACAAAGAACAGUGUAUCACCUGGAAAACGCAUACAAAAAGAAGAAAAAAACCAGGAUCUAAAACUGUGAUGUCCAUGAGGAGCCCCAUCUCUGCCCAGCUGGCCCUGGAUGGCGCUGGCACCAUGGUGAACUGUACCAUCAAGUCAGAGGAGAAGAAGGAGUCUUGCCACGAGGCCCCCCAGAGUUCGGCCACUACAGCUGAACCCCAGCCCACCGACCCAUCCCGGGCCCCCCAGGAUGCUGCUGACCCCCACACUUCAGCUCAGGACUGUAGUUCUCCAGAGCGUGACGGGUCCCCAGAGCCCAAGAGACCCGGAGCCUCUGAGGCUGCUUCUGGAAGCCAGGAGAAGCUGGACUUCAACCGCAAUUUACAGGAGGUGGUGCCCGCCAUCGAGAAACUGCUGUCCAGUGACUGGAAGGAGAGGUUUCUGGGAAGGAGCUUGGUGGAAACCAAAGAUGUCAAAGGGACCCAAGAGAGCCUGGCAGAGAAGGAGCUGCAGCUUCUGGUCAUGAUCCACCAGCUGUCCACCCUGCGGGACCAGCUCCUGACGGCCCACUCGGAGCAAAAGAAUAUGGCAGCCAUGCUCUUUGAGAAGCAGCAGCAGCAGAUGGAGCUGGCCCGGCAGCAACAGGAGCAGAUCGCCAAGCAGCAGCAGCAGCUGAUUCAACAGCAGCAUAAGAUCAACCUCCUCCAGCAGCAGAUCCAGCAGGUCAACAUGCCUUACGUCAUGAUCCCAGCUUUCCCUCCAAGCCACCAGCCUCUACCUGUCACCCCUGACUCCCAGCUGGCUUUGCCCAUUCAGCCCAUCCCCUGCAAACCAGUGGAGUACCCGCUGCAGCUGCUGCACAGCCCCCCUGCCCCGGUGGUGAAGAGGCCAGGGCCCAUGGCCGCCCACCACCCCCUGCAGGAGCCCUCCCAGCCCUUGAACCUCACAGCGAAGCCCAAGGCUCCUGAGCUACCCAGCGCCUCCAGCUCCCCCAGCCUGAAGAUGGGCAACUGCGGGCCCCGUCCCCCCAGCCAUGGGGCCCCUACAAGGGACCUGCAGUCCAGCCCCCCGAGUCUGCCUCUGGGCUUCCUUGGUGAAGGGGACGCUGUCACCAAAGCCAUCCAGGAUGCUCGACAGCUGUUGCACAGCCACAGUGGGGCCUUGGAAAGCUCCCCCAGCACCCCCUUUCUCAAGGACCUCCUCAGCCUGGACUCCUCUCCAGCCAAGGAGCGACUGGAGGAGAGCUGUGUGCACCCGCUGGAAGAAGCCAUGCUGAGCUGCGACGUGGACGGCUCGCGCCACUUCCCUGAGUCUCGGAAUAGCAGUCACAUCAAGAGACCCAUGAAUGCCUUCAUGGUGUGGGCCAAGGAUGAGAGGAGAAAGAUCCUCCAAGCCUUCCCGGAUAUGCACAACUCCAGCAUCAGCAAGAUCCUUGGCUCCCGCUGGAAGUCCAUGACCAACCAGGAGAAGCAGCCCUAUUAUGAGGAGCAGGCGCGGUUGAGCCGGCAGCACCUGGAGAAGUACCCCGACUACAAGUACAAGCCUCGGCCCAAGCGCACCUGCAUCGUGGAGGGCAAGCGGCUACGCGUGGGCGAGUACAAGGCCCUGAUGAGGACCCGGCGCCAGGAUGCCCGUCAGAGCUACGUGAUCCCCCCACAGGCUGGCCAGGUGCAGAUGAGCUCCUCAGACGUCCUAUACCCUCGGGCAGCGGGCAUGCCCCUGGCACAGCCCCUGGUGGAGCACUGUGUCCCCCACAGCCUGGACCCCAACAUGCCUGUCAUCGUCAAUACCUGCAGCCUCAGGGAGGAGGGCGAGAGCACAGAUGACAGGCACUCGGUGGCUGAUGGCGAGAUGUACCGGUACAGCGAGGAUGAGGACUCGGAGGGUGAAGAGAAGAGUGACGGGGAGUUGGUGGUGCUCACGGACUGAUCCCAGCUGGCUGGGCCUGGCCCCUUCCUCACUGGGGAAGACCUUGGCCCCAACCCAAUGGGCACAGCCCGCCGGCCUGAACUCUGUUGGUACUUGGACUUGGGUAUGUCUGGAGAUGGGCAAAGCCGUGCACUUGUAGAUACAUUCCUCUUCCCACCACACCUUCGGCACACCUGAGGAGCUGUCAGCCUCAGGGGUGGGGCUUGCAUGGCGGUGAUGAACCGAGCUGGCUGAGCUCCUUGGCUCUUGGGGCUGAUGGCCAGGGACACUGGAUGACCCUUUUCUCUUGCAGGUCUACCCACCUGGGGGUUUGGCAGCUAUACACCUGUCUCCCUGUGUCACAUGCUUUGUUCCCAUUCUUGUCCUGGCUGGACCAGCCACCAUGGGACCAACACCCCCUCCCACACUCCCCUAGAUCACUCCUCUGUCACCAGGAUCACUUUGUACUUUGUGCAAACAGGUCUGACUGUCCCUCGCGUCUUUAUCUCUGCUAAGCCCAUUGUGCCUCUGGCUGCUGUGUGUGAGCGCGUGCGCAGACCCGUGCAUUUUCGCUGUUCAGUCAUUGCACAAGAUAUUUAUUGAGUGCCCGCUAGGUGCCAGGCACUGCUGCUGAGUUCCUGCAGAUGUCUCUUCCAUGCCACUCUUGCUUCUCUGGGGGCCUCCUCUGUGCUUCUCUUCGUCCCCAAAUUGCUACCUCUUUGUCUGGGUGUCUCAGGUUCCGUGUGUCCUGUGUGCAUUUCUCUGUCCUUGUCUUGCUACAAAGCCCUCUUUCUCUCCCUUUCUCCAUCCCUGAGCCCCACCCCACCCCCAGGCCCCCCUGAAUUCUCUGGGUCUCUGUAGGCCCCUGGAUUGCCCUGGGCCAGUGGCCUCCCUGACUUCCUGCCUGCGUCUUCUCUCCCUCCGACUCUGCCUCCCACGGAGCCAUUUUUAGCUCCCAGCAGCAUGAGAAUGUGCCUCCUCCUCCAAAGGCUUUGUCCUGAUGCCCCAGCCCCGGGGCCCAGCCUGUGUUCCAGGAGUGGGGCCAGGAGGACUGAUGGUCAGUGGCAGAGGCCCUGGAGGGGGGCCCCAGAGCAGAUGGUCCCCAUCCUCCCUCAUGAGCACUGGGUGGGUGGUGGGUGGGUGGCAUCCAGGCCUGCCACUCCCCGUCUGAUCCUCUCCCUGAUCCUCGGUUCUAGGGAACAGGUCUCAGCCCCUGUUCAGCUUCACAAGUUAUUUCCCUGAGAAAAUCAAAUCCCAUUGGCACCUAACUCCAAAGAGCUGGAACAGCCCUAGGAUCAGGGUGGUGACUCUAAUCCCACAGGGCCAGAGGUGGAGUCUGGUGCCUGCCUCCCCAUCACCCCCACGUCUCUCCAGGCUGUUUCUUUUUUAUGACUGUAAACAUAGAUAGUGCUUUAUUUUGUUAAUAAGAUAACGAUGAGUAACUUAACCAGCACAUUUGUUUUCUGAUGGCAUAAUAAAGACAGACCAUUUCAGAA